AUGAACAUUACAAAGACACCAACAAAAGUAGGUGAGGAAAAGAAGAAAGUUGUUGAGGGCACAUCAAAAGAAGAAAAUGAGGUAAAGAAGAAAGAUGUUGAUGACACAUCAAAAGAAGCAAGUGAGGGAAAGAUGAAAGCUACUGAGGGCACAUCAAAAGAAGCAGGUAAGAUGAUAGAUGUUGAUCAGUUAAUUUCUCCUUUGAAUAGAAUGAGGAUGAUGGCAAGGAGGGGAGGUAAGAUCAAAUAUGUAGGGAGAAUCGGGGUUGUGCAUGGUAGUUUAAGUCAAACUGUGGCAGGAGGUGUUGAUGAAGUUGUACUUACCUGCCAUGAAAAGCUUGACCAUGAAGAUUUUGAAACUAUUAAAGAUCUGUAG